AUGGGGCAGAAGCCAAAGGCAGUACCUGCAAUCUUUGUCCAUGCAGGGGCUGGAUUUCAUAGCCACCAGAAUGAACACAUCCAUCUUCAAGCCUGUGUUGCGGCCGCCGAGAUGGGAAUGAGAUUUCUCAAGGCUGGUUCCACGGCUACCGAAGCAGUCGAAGCCGCCCUGCGAAUCCUCGAGGAUAAGGAAAUCACCAACGCUGGAUACGGUUCCAACCUCUCCAUCGACGGCGUUGUAGAGUGUGAUGCCACUGUUGUCGAUCAUCUCGGUCGUAGCGGUGCAUGCGGUGCCGUUCCGAAUAUUCGAAACCCAAUUUCCCUCGCCAAGCUGAUUCUAGACAAGAGCAAUAAGCCUCUCAGCCUUCGUCGAGUUCCGCCAAAUGCCCUAAUCGGAGAAGGCGCCAAGGCCUUUGCUGAAGAACAUGGCCUCGUUACUUGCCCGAAUGAGUACAUGGUUUCCAAGAAUGCCCGAGAUCGAUUCCUACGUUGGCAAGAAGAUCUAAAGCGGGCCGAGACGAAGUCAAAGGACUCGAGGGCUUCUCCAGAGGUUGGCGAGACAAGCAUCGGAUGUCCUCCGUGUCAGUACGACACAGCUUCCACACCGAAGCCACAGCAAUCCUUCCCCCGGGAUCACAGAGCAGCUAUCAUGGCAGGCACAUGGAACGAGGGGCAGCCUGAUUCUCCAUGGAUGGGCACUCCGAUCCAGGAAACAACCACGCCCUCAACCGACAAUUCUUCGACGACCAGUUACUUUCGAACCAUGGGCACCGCCGCACCUACAGUGGGUCGGUCUUCUGUCCGGGCGACUGCGGAGAGGCUAUCGCCGAGUUACGCUGGAGUUGCAAGAGGUGCACAGGGCGCACCGCCAUCCCGUGAUGGUUCUGCUUCGCCACAAUCACGGGCUAAACCUAUGGACCUCGGGGAGUAUGAAGCUGGUCAGCAAGACUUGGCGAGUCCUCGCGGAGUUAAGCGACCCUCCAGUCCAGAUGAGAGAGCAGAGGGCGACUCUCGAUCCAUCAAAGACAGCUUCCGGUCUGGGACUGGGAACGAGGACUUCAUCACAGACACUAUUGGUGCCAUUGCGAUUGACGAGAGAGGUCAUAUUGCUGCUGGAUCGUCCUCGGGGGGGAUUGGAAUGAAGCAUCGAGGUCGACUUGGACCAGCAGCUUUGGUUGGAGUUGGCACUGCCGUUGUCCCUUGUGAUGAAGAAGAUGAAGAUCAGAUCAGCGUUGCCGCCGUAACAAGCGGCACCGGAGAGCACAUGGCUACGACAAUGGCCUCCCAACGAUGCGCCGAGAGGAUCUAUCAUGGGACAAGGCGCGGCAAGGGCGGAGUCAACAUUCAGGAUGACGACGAGGAUGCCAUCAUGGAGUCCUUCAUCGCCGACGACUUCAUGAAUCACCCUGGGGUCAAGAACUGUCACUCAGCUGGCGCUAUCGGUGUCAUGGUUGUCAAGAAGACACAGAUGGGGUAUUAUUUGUACUUUGCCCACAACACUGACUCGUUUGCUUUGGCCUCGAUGGGUGGUUUAGAGAAGCAACCGAACUGUACCAUGUCUCGGCUUCCGGAUAGUGCUAAGAUUGCCAAGGGUGGACGCAAAGUUCGUUUUGACUGA